AUGUACGCACCGGAGACGCCUCCGGACGCCGCCGAGGGAGCGCGCCCCGGACCGAGCCCGCGCGGCGACCACGGUUCCGAGAAGAACGGCUCCGGGUUGCUGUCGGUGCUGAGGGCGUACCGGCGUAGCCUGUCGAGGGAGGCGAGCCCGCUGGAGGCGAUCGCGGGCAGGGUGCUUCACCGCCGCGGCCGCUCCGCCUCGGGCGACGCGAGGGGCACCGACGAGCAGGCCCGCCGCCACAGGGACUCCAGGUCGCUGCUGGACGUCGUGCGCCACAUCGCCAAGAGCAGGACGCCGCCGCCCGCCCCAGCGCUCCUGGACUCGGCAGGUGGCGGCACGGAGGCGCGGCGGCGGUCGCGCUCGCCCUUCCUGGCCAUCCUGGGGGGCGGCGCGGGCCGCGACAGCCCCCGCGGGCCGGCGCAGCCGCCUCCUCCUCCGCCUCCGCCGCCGCGCAGGAGCAGGUCCACGUGCGACGCCCCCAGCGUCGCGGCGGCUUCCCGCGCCCCGUGGCGCUCCUCCAGCGCGCGGCCGGUGCCCGCGCAGCUGGCCGCGGCCGCCCAGCUCACGACCGCCGUGCGUCGCCGCCGGCGCCGCCUCGCCUCCAGCAGCGACUCCAGCACCUCCAGCUCCAGCGCUAGCGUCACCAGCAGCAGCGCCCCCGCCGCCCCCUCCAGCAGCUCCGACGGCGGCGCCACCUGGAGGCGGCGCGGCACCACCGGCAGGUCCUACUCCGAUGCUGGCGGUAGCAGAGCGUACGGCCGCCGGCGGCGCGCGUCUGGGGGAGUGGCCGCCAUGCUGGCCCGCCACGCGCUCGCACUCAGCCUGCCCGCCGCUGGGAGCGGAGCCGCGGCCGUGCCGCCGCUGCCCCCGCCGCCCCCGCUGCUGGUGCAGGCGCCGCCCUCCAGCGACGAGGACGACGACCUGCGCGUCCUCGUGCACUCCGAUGGGAGAAGGUCCAGCUCGGCGUCGUCGCAGCAGCAGAAGCUGGGCGAACUGCAGGAGGACGGCGCAGGCGAGGGCGAAGGGCAGGAGUCCCUUCCGCAGACGCCCGAGCCCUUCAGCCUCGACGACACCGUCUCCACCGCAUCCAGCCGCAGCCUCAGCAGCGCCGACGCAGACGUCGACGCCGACGGCGACGGCGACUUGGACGAAACGUCGUCUGGCUGCAGCGGGCAGCAGGUGGCAAAGUCCGCGCCGUGCACACCGCACGGCGACCGCGACAGGGAGCGGCUGGCGCCAGCCACGGCCGCAGCAGCAGCAGCCUGCGACCGCGACCUGCCCUCGCCGCGCACGCCCAGCCACGGACACUCCUUCACCCGCCAUGACAGGCAGCUCAAGCAGCUGAGCGUGAGCGCGCCCGCCAUGACGCACCACCAGCAGGCGAUGGCUGCCGCCGCCGCGGCCGCCGCGGCCAGGGGCUCCUCGGAGCAGCCGUCCGUCGCCUCGGGUUCGCCGGAGCCGGCGCACUCCUCCAAGUACCGCCAGAAGAAGUUCCACCGCCACUUCAAGCAGGUGGCCGCCGAGGAGUACGUCCUCAACUAUUAUUCCUGUGCUCUGGUCGGUGAUAUACUUCUUCAGGGUCAUCUGUAUAUUACCAAGAACUAUUUUGCAUUCUAUUCCAAUGUGUUUGGAUAUGUUACAAAGUUGCUCAUUCCCACAGUAUCAGUAACGAAGAUCAGUAAAGAGAAGACCGCAUACAUUAUACCAAAUGCUGUUGGCGUUUCCACUGCAGAAGGAAAGCACGUGUUUGGCUCUCUGCUGUCACGAGAUUCCACCCAUCGACUAAUGACGCAAGUUUGGAAAGCAGCUCAGCAGCCUGACCCCCAGGGAAACUUGCUUCCUAUUGAACAGGUUAUGAAAGAUGAGGUGGAUUCAGCAAGUGGAGAUGUUAAAGAUGACGAUGAUUCAUCUGUUUCUGGCAGUGAUAGAUCUUGUGCUCCAUCAUCUCUUGAAUGCAACACAAACAUAAAUCAGCCAGAAGGCUGUACAAAACUACCAAACGGCAAUCUUGUAAUUGGUGGGAAGCACAUAAAGCUGCCAGUUAAAUCUAGCCCCAAGCAUGCAAUAGUGGGUUUGCCUCGUUCUAAAUGGCUGCUCAUUGUUUCGACUGGACUGCUUGUACUGCUGUUCUUAUCUGCUGCUUUCUUACUGUAUCGAAUUUCGAAAAUACAGAGCCAGUUCACAGAGCAUCCACUUAUAACAACAAGUGACGAAGUAUACCAAGAAAUUUUGAAGUGGCAAAGUCAGCUUCAUUCUAAAUCAGUUAAUGAAGUUCAAGAAUUUCUGAGCACUAACUUGGACCAGUUGGCAAAGGUGCGUCAGUCACUGGAAGCUUUAUCUUUACUAAUAGUAUCAGAGGGAGAACAAUUACAGCAGUCGCAACAGCAGUCUCAAGAGCCAAUGCAUUCAGAGCCUGCUGGCAAGCAGCAGACUCCCACUCUUCCCCACGACAAGCAUAGUUAGCAGAGGCUGUACCCCAACCAUUCUGAGGCCACAGCAUUGUCUGGGGUCUGAUGAUGGUGGUUGACAUGAUCUGCAUGUUACUGUCUACUUGCCAUGCUGUCUUGGUGUGUGUUUGUUCCUGAUCUCAAGUUUGGGACAUAACAAAAUUAGUGCAAGUGCAAGUAUAUUAAACGUAUAAGACUAGCCAUUGUGUUUCAUCCCACAUUGCACUUAAUAGGAUUGCGAUAUUCUGCCAAUACAUGAAGUCCUAUUUGUGUUAUUUACUGGUAUCUGACUUUUCUCAUUAAGCUGUUCAGAAAAUAGCUGGAAACGCCUCAAGAGAACAUGAUAACAAACAUUGUCUGUGAUACAGGGAUAAGUGAAAGAUGUCGGAAAGUAGUUACGUUAUUCGCUUACAUGCGACUUCAACUACAUAUAUCCUGGAACUUCGGUAACACGAAAUAAAGUUCCUCUACAGUUACUUGUUUCAACUAUUCAAUAUUGUGAAAUUAAACUGUGUUUUUACUAGAAAGUAAUGGAUCUGUAUGCAGGAAAAACAACUAUAGAUCUAAUUUUGUGAUGACCGCAAAAUAUUUAUUUUAAUUUUCUAAAUUGUAGGCCUGAGAUGCAGAGUAUAUGUGGAAGAAGUGAUGGGUACCACUUGUUAAAGAAUUAUUAGUACUUUUAACACACUAGUGCUACAGGUAUUUUCAAUCAUGGAUUUCACUUAAUUAGAACUGAGAAUAGAAAAGGAAAAAUUAUAAACAGAUCAUGUAAUUUUUUUAUCUGUUUGAAUAUUGUGUGUAUGCAGUUAUACGAGAAAAACUUAAUCACGAUUGCCUUGUCUGAAUUUGCACUUUUAAAUUAAAGCAAAUGUAUAAAUUUAAGGCUACUAAGUUGGCCUUCCAAAUUUUAUCUAACUGUCUAUUGCAUUCUUAGAUGAAAUAUGUUUGAUCAUAAUUGCAAGAUGGCACAAAUGUAUCAAAGGUGAUAUAGUGACUAACACCACCUUAAGUUUUACACGUUAGUUUUUUUUCUGAAAACAGUAUUUUAAAAAUCUACAAAAUAAUCUGUGUGCUGUGUGCAACAAAAAGUAACAUAAGUUAACAUCAGUUGCAGCCUCAUAAAAUUGAAAUUUUUAAAUGCAGUUUUCUUCGUGAGAAUACUUGCCUGUAGCGAUUUUAAACUGGCUGCUGAAAUUUGUAUUUCUGCCACAGUAUAAUGUUAUAGAAAGUAAGUUUGGAGAAGUGAGAAAUUAACCUGAAAUUUAAGCAUGUUAAAAGUUCUAGAAACAGGUCAGUUGUUGAAUGACUGCAUGUUAGAAGUCAUACCAAAUCUUGAAAGUUUCUUUUGUGCGCUGAGAUGUAGUUCAUCAUAUGCAGCAGUUCAUGAGUUACUACUUGUCGUAUACAAGUUCGUCUAGUAGUUUCCAAUUAUCCACAUACAGGAUAUUUGUAUCUUUGAGUUUCUAGAUGAAAAACUAAAACUGUCCAUUCAUGGAGAUACAGCUUAAGCCAUCAUUCCAUUCAGAAUAGUAUUAUUUGUCUCAGAGGAAAAAGCAAAGUUAAUUUGUUCAUAUUAAAUAAGUGCAGCUGGAUACAAAAAUUUGACUGAAAUCACACUAGUGUGAAAACAACAUAAACAUCAGGCUCUUGAAUUUGCCAAUAAUUGUAUCCACACUAACUGUAACCUGUACCUAAAGAUCUCUUGAAAAACCUUACACAAGUACCAACACCUAUUUAUUCAGUGGAACAUGAAAUUUUGCACAUUUGAGAAACAGCGAUAAGCAGUAGGAAAUGUUCCUGUAACACGUGGAAAGACUAAAAUGAUAAAGUCGUACUUACUGACUUCAGACUAUCAAUCGAACAUAUUGUUAUUCAAACUGUUGUUUGUAGUUCUCUUUGGAGGACACAUUUGUCAAACAGAAUAUGAAAAUGUGACUCUAAAAAGGUCUCAUCAGUAAGAUGAACUGAGUGAAAUAAUUUAAUUUUAUUGUUUGUAUCAUUGACUGUAGACACAGUGGGUGUUUUUGUGUGUCUGUCUUAUUUAUUUAUUUACUGUAAAUAAAUGUUAAACACUUGUAAAUAAGAAAAAGUGGCACUGGUGCAAAUAUUUUUUGUUAUGAUUUUAUGAAUAUGAAAUGUGUUGGGAAGGUUGAUUGUGUAUUGUGGCAUAAAUUUAUGCAAGAUAUGUCCCUUUAUGUCAUGACUAUAUAUUCCUCAAGUUUUCAAACAAAUUUUAUCUGUCAUCGGCUAUAUAUUUUCUGUGGUAAACUGGGGAAAGAUUGUACUGUUUAAUGUUUUGGACAGGAAUUGAACUGUAUGCCUUAUGCUGUAUUGCUUUACAUAAGCAAAUCUUUCCCCAGGUCUAGCAAAAUUUAAAAUAUCCAUAAAGAAAUUAAAUCAGGUUAGUACUUUGUAUUCUGGAUACUCAGUCAAAUGUUAAUGUUUUUCUUCAGUGAAUGUAAAUCUCUAACAGGGAGUCAUAAUUACUUUUGUUAUUGCUACCUUCAUAAGUAAGGAACUGCUCUAUCCCAUACAUUUCUAUGAUAGGACAGUUGUGUGUGUGUGUGUGUGUGUGUGUGUGUGUGUGUGUGUGUGUGUGUGUGAGAGAGAGAGAGAGAGAGAGAGAGAGAGAGAGAGAGAGAGAGAGAGCAGUUUAUAUUGAAAAUUCGUGAUGAAGGGUAAUAAACUGUAUAUACCAAUGAAUGCAUGGUGCUGGAAUUAUAAUAGACAAAAUUCUUACAAGUGUCUGUGAUAAUCACAAUUCAUCCUGAGAAUCAUCUCAGGUAUUGUGGAAUUGUAUAGUUAUAUUUGGAUGGUAUAUAGAGAAAGGUGUGACUUCAGGUUUUUUCUGUGUAAAACGGUGCUUAGUUAUUUAUUAUGGUUGUUUCAAUUUUCACCUUCAAGUAUAGGGAAAUAUAGAUUCAGUACAAUAAAAGUAGAAUCAAUGCAAAAAAAUUAUAUUUACUGAGUGAAUUUUCCUGCAGUUCCCUUUCAUAAGCUGAUAAAGUGUGAUAGUUAUAUUUUACAGUCAAAUAUUGUAAAAUUAGAUGCUGUGUGGUGGUGUUUACACCAUUAAGAGAAAGAGACUUUAAAUGUAUGUAAA